AUGACCUCGAACGGUUGCUCGCCGGGCCUCCGGCGUCGAGGCUCCAUCCCGGUGGACACCCCUCAUCGUCGUAACACCGACACGAGCCCUCGGGAGGCGAUCCGUGCACGAGACACAACAAACGCUGCACCAGCCGUAUUUCCCGUCACGAAAACUCUGAGCUGUCAACAACUCGCCGGUCCGAGCUGUCGGUCACAGUGCCCCAUUCGGCCACGGUGGCACUGGGCAUCAGUGCAUCGACCCGUGGUGUCUCACGGGGAUCAAACGUCGAAGAUACAAAGACCAACACGGAAAAAAAAUAAGAACAUAAACAAAAACGAAGACGAAAAUGAGGACGAUAACGUCGAAGACGAAUACCAAGGCAAAGACAAAGACGAAGAUGAAAACGAGAAUGAAUACAAGAACGAAUACGGAGACAACGACAAGAACAAGAAUGAAGACCAGAAUAAGUACGAAGACAAGAGCGAGGACGAAGACAAAGACGAGAACGAGAAUGAACACCAGAACGAGGACGAAAACGAAAAAGGGUGA